CUCCGAACAAUUCGCCUUCCACAAUCUAUCGAGUUUUUUCCAUUUCCAAACGAAUCAAUUUCCCAUUCGCCAUUCGUCCCUUCUUCUUCCCCUUUUGGAUCGAUAGGCCAAUUUUUUCUCUGUUUUUCAGAUUCUGAACAAUUGAAAUCAAAAAAACCAAAAAUUCACAUUAAACACAAAGAAAAAUUCAAUUAAACUUUGUAUUUUUAAUUCAAAGUCGUCGGAAAAUCGAGAUAAAAAUUCUGAAAUUUUGAUCCUUUUUAGUGAAUUUCGAUCGUUUGUUCAAUUGGGUCAUCGAAUUUGAGGUAGAAAAAUCAUGGGUAUCUGCGGAAUUUCAAUUUUGAUUUUGUAGCGGUGGUUGUGAAGUUGUGUCGGAGGGAUGGAUUGCAGGGUUUGUGUUGCACCCGGCGGCGAUUUGUGGGUCAGCAUCGGCGGGCGUGGCGGCGGCUCGUUCAGCCAUGAGAGCGAGCAUGAUUUGGCGUUGAUGGUUAGCGAUUUCUUAGAGAGUAAUGGUAGCUGUGGUGCUGAAUCUUGGUGUAGCAGUGAUAGUGAAUCGGGUCUCUCUGAUUUUGCUCACCUUGCUGAGAAGAUUCAGAUUUGUAAGCUAUCGAUGGCUCAACAUGAGGGUGACUUGCUUUCCGUUGUUCAUUCUCUCAUACGAUCAAUGAAUGAGUCCAACCUUCAAUUUAUGAAUUCCGGUCCAUGUUAUGCUAGCUGUAUCAGGUUUUAUCUGGUGAAGUUGAUGAGGCUUUCUGGGUAUGAUGCCGGUGUUUGUGCUUCUAAAUGGCAGGCUAGUGGCAAGGUCCCUGGAGGUGAUCAUGAAUAUAUUGAUGUGUUGGUCAACAAUAACUCUGGAAACUCAGAGCGAUUGAUUAUUGAUAUCGAUUUUCGAAGUCACUUUGAAAUAGCUAGAGCUGUCGAUUCAUAUGACCGGAUACUGAGUUCUCUUCCUGUUGUUUAUGUUGGUUCCUUGACCACUCUGAAACAACUCUUGGGUAUAAUGGAGGAAGCUACUAGAUCUUCUUUGAAACAGAAUUCUAUGCCUCUUCCUCCAUGGAGAUCCUUAGCAUAUUUACAAGCUAAGUGGCAAUCACCCUUUGAAAGGUACACACAUUCAGAAGGUAAUAACAUUAGCGAUGUCGAUUGCUUCGACCACAAGCAAUGCCGUGGGCAUUUGAAAAGGCUGCAAUCUUGUCUUCAGUCUGGAAUGGAAGUAGACCGAAUGUUGAAGCCGAGAAACAGCGAAAGUAACCGGAGGAUGAAACCUGAUAGAUGGAGGCAUUCAUUGUUCAGGCCUAUUUGACAUGUACAGAUUUUGGCUUUGAAGUUCUCAGUGGAGAGUGAGUGAACAUAAAACUCAGAAUUUUGCGGCUUUUCCCUUUCAUGAAAUCUUCCCUUUGCUACCUAAUAAAUCUGGUCCACAAAUGACAGGUUCAUAUAGGAAGUCUUAGCAGCAAUGAGCCAUUUUAUAAUUCAUCUGUUCUUUGUUUCUUUCUUGUCUGUGUUUAAGGUGUCACAUUUGCAGAGUCCAAGUUUGUGUUUGGAUAUCAGUUGAGUAUGGCGUGAACAGAAUUUCAUUCCAAUCCAUAAGAAAAACUCCAUUCACUUUUUCUCAAAGUGAGUGCUGACAUCCGUUUGCGCUGGUGCCAAACAGGUAUCCAAACUAGUUCUGAGGUGCCCAAUGACAGUCCACAAUUUUGAGUUUUCGAAAUAUAGCCGAAGCACACAGUACUGGGUAUCCUCCUAUAUCUGAUUCCUUGCCUCGUAUAUUUGUUGGGUCUGGGAAAUUUUGGUACCAUAAGUUAUGUUCCAUUUUUUUCAAUAUUUUUUGUCAUGAUCAUUUUUGUGUGAUGAGAAGAAGUAGUCUUUGUAAUUUCAUUACUGUUGUAUUUUGAACUGCUGAUAAUGAGUUAAUGAUUGCUGUGGCAUUUCCUCGCUGCAAAAAAUAAAAAGAGACAACUUUGAAAGUUGCUAUA